CUAUGCCCUGUGCUUUUCGAUUAACGAGAGUGAAGGCUAACGUUACAGGCUGUGUCUUUUAAGAGAACUUUAGUUGGCUCUCUUCACAAAUCACAGUCUAACAUCAAGAUGGUUAUUAAAGUAUAUCUAGCCACUGCAUCGGGAUCCACAGCGAUCAAGAAGAAGCAACAGGAUGUUCUGGGCUUUCUUGAAGCUCUCAAAAUCGACUACACACAGCUGGACAUCGCCUGCAACGAGGAGAACCGCAGGUGGAUGAGGGAGAACGUCCCUGGAGAAAAGAAGCCAGAGAACGGCAUUCCUCUCCCUCCACAGAUCUUCAACGAGGAGAGCUACUGCGGGGACUAUGAAACAUUUUUUGAUGCUAAGGAAGACAACGAUGUCUACACCUUCCUGGGGCUUCCACCUCCACCUGGCUUUAAGGCAGCUCACCAGGUGGUAGAACCACCUGUUCUCCAGAAUGGAACUGAUGCAGAGGAACCCCAGGAUGAUGACUCGACAAAAAAGGGGGUGCCAACGGAGGAGCAAAACGGACACGCUGAGGAGGAGCAGGUGACGGAGGAGGAGAAAGCAGAGGAUGGGGCAGCUCCCGCGGAGGAGGACGCCGCCGCGCAAGAGGAGGCUCCUGCAGAAGAGGCUGAGAAGGAGACAACAGAAGCUGCCGCCGAAGAGGGGGAAGAGGAGGAGGAGGAGGAGGAAGAAGAAGAAGAGGAGGAAGAAGAGGAGGAGGAGGCAGCGGAAGAUGAGAGUAAAAGAGGUGUAGAGGAGGAACCCCAGGAGGGUGAGGGAGAAGCCGAAGAUGAAAAGGGUGAAGACGAUCAACCCAUGUCCGAGGGAGAAGAGGAUUUGAUGUCCGAGGAAGAAGAAGAGCUCCGGAAACUUGAGGAUGAAGAAGAGGCCCAGGAGUCCGAGGAGGAAGAAGAGGAGGAGGAAGACUAGAGGUCACGACCUGGAGUGGAUAAGGAUUUCUGAUUUUGUCGUCAAGCUUGGAGUGUUCCGACCCCACGUAGCCUGUGCCCUAUCCUCGCUGAAACUCCAAGAUUCCCUUCCACCCCCACACACACACACACACACACACACACACACACACACACACACACACACACACACACACACACACACACACACACGCACACACACACGCGCGCACAAAAAAACAGACACACACACACAGACGCACAAAAACAGACACACACACACACACACACACACACACACACACACACACACACACACACACACACACACACACACACAUAUACCUCGUCACAAAAACAAACACACACACACAUACACCGUCACACAAAAACAGACACACACACACACACACACACACACACACACACACACACACACACCCCUCGUUGGACACAAGUCCUGGCUGAAGCCCUGCUGACCAGUGAAGGCCUUCACACCGCUGGACCUCUGAGAUCUCCCAGUGGACACAGAAACACCAAAACUCAGUUCUUUUGUUGCUGUUGCUGCUGUGUGAUUUUUCCCUCUAAAGAUUGACCUGCUGCUGCUGCUGCUGUUGCUGCUGAUGGCGGUGGCAGCCUCCAGCCUUUGGGUUUAAUCCAGAAGAAUUCAGACAAUAACUCAUACUUAGAAUCUGACAUCAGACUUUCAUCAAAUCUGUUCGAACACUUUGCUUUGUUGUAUAUACAAAAAAAGAAAAAAAAAUAGAAUAGAUUUUUCUAAAAAAAAAAGAAGAAAGUGUUUCUUACCCUCAUGUUGUCUGAUCAAUAAUGCUAUUGCCAUGGUAGCCUUCAUACAUCUGAGUGGGUUGUUGUCUUGGACACAGGCCUUCAUUUUAGCUCACUUGAAUUUCCUUUUGUUCUGAUGUGUGAAAUGUUUUAUACUGCUGUGAAUGUACGUGAUCAUAGCACUGCCAAACGCAGUCCCUACACCACACCACUAGGUUCUGAGAACUAGAUAACAUUACAAGUUCUCUGAUGGUGUACGUACGCUCCCACAAAAGGUUCUCCUGGACAUUUGUUUUAUUAUGCUUAGAACCUUAUGAUGAGGGUCAGGAGUUCUGGAGAACUAUCCACAGGGUUCUAGAGUCUUGUGAUGCUUUGUGGAUAGGUUCUCUGGUGGUGCCCAUAUUCUAGUACCUUCAAAGGGUUCUAAGUAAUUGUUUGGUCACUGUGGUUUGGUUUUUCUGAGAGAGGAACAACCCGUCAGCUUUGUAUCCAUGACAGUGACAUAACCUUUAGGCUGAAGUAGAGACAGACUAACUAACAGUUAUAUUAACGUAUGGUAUGACACACACGUAUGAGUCUGUAGCUGUCUUUGUCUUGUCUUGUCUUGUCUCUCUGUCUGUUUGUUUGUCUGUUGCACUUAUUGAAUGUAUUAGGCAGAGGUGAAUAAACAAGCGGUCAUCUUAAUGUCAAUAAAACAUAAGAGUGGUGUGUGUACGCAA